AACACAAAGGCCACAAGAAAAUGCAAGAAAGAAAAACAACUGUAUUAACUGUCUGAGAGGCUGGCUGGCAGACUUACACAGCAAUGGCUGCAAUCUUCCAAACCCUGCUUCCCAUUUGCUGUUCCAGACAGGCCAUAUCCUCUCCUGCUCCAUGGACUCCCCUUAGACCACCCAUCUCAGAUUCCAUAGGCUCUUUGGCCAUUUCAAACUUAAAUAGGCGGCAAGGACAAAUGGCAGUCUCAGUUGCCUUCAACCCAUCUGGGAAUUUUGACAUCUCUUUGUAUGACGAGGAAGAAGACACAUCUAGUAAGGUUGAACCUCCAAUGCCACCAAGUGAAGGUCGAUUUGAAAUAGUUCUUGAUAAUGAUGUGAUUCGGGGUCUUGACUUAUCCCCAUUUCAUUCUGCAACUGGGAUUACCAAUCCUUCAUCAGCCAAGCCAAAAGAGUUUCUUGAACGUACAAUUGGCUUUACCAUUAACUAUACAAGAGAAGAUCCACGUGAUCCUAGAGAACUAUCAGAAUUCCCUGAUAUAAGACUCUGGUUUUUGAGACUUGAUGCCUCCUAUCCCUGGUUGCCUGUCCUCUUGGAUUGGCGAGCCGGAGAACUGGCUCGUUAUGCUGCCAUGUUGGUUCCACACCAGAUGAACACGAGGAUGGGGGUGGUCUUCAAUCCUGAGGCACUGGAACUAUUCGUUAUGCAGAAGGUUUUUAUUGUGUACUCAUGGUUGAAGCAACAUGACAUUCCAAAGCCUAGAUUGAAGACCAGUGACAUGGCUAGGAUGCUUGGGUUCGGAAUCGGAGAUGAACUCUACGACUUGAUCGAUAAACAUCCACUGAAAACAUCAUAAACGAGUCCCAACUUAGUGUUUCCCAAUGUCAUACAUGAUUGACAAAUAAAUACCCUGCCCCGGCUUUGAUAGUGAGCCUAAUUUACUGUCACAAGGAGUUGCACCCCUAUUCUUUGAUGGUGACAGUGAAUCGAUGUCAGAGAGAAGCUGCUACUAAAACCAAUGAUUUACUA